CGUUUACGCGGUGUGUUAUUUAUUGUGUUUUUUGGCAAUGUCUGAGUUAGGAAAAUUCAUCGUUAUAGCGCUGUUGUCUUGCAGCAUCACAACAAUUGUGUCAAUCAUCUACAUAACUUUGUGCUGCUUCGCGUUAAUCUACCGCUUCGAUUGUUCCACCGCUCAAACAAUUGUGCACAAUUCUGAUUAUCUACUCAUUUUAGUAUACAGGCAAUAUAUAAAAGAUGACACUUGUUUUGGUUCGUUAGCAAUACCAGAUUUAAUGCAUUCAGAUACAGUGUUUGUGCUAAUAUCAGUGUCGUUAGCUUUCUCUGCUGCGAGCCUUUUAGCUGCCUUGUCUCUUAUUGUAGCGAUAUUUAAUAAAGAAUGUUGGUAUUAUUUAGAUUUUGGUACUUAUGUGCAUACAGGCUUUUGUGUAGCAACAUUCGUUGUUGAUAUGACAUUUGCGAUACAUUUCGGAUUGGAUUACACCAAACUAACAGACAGAUUGAAUGCAGAUAUCUUAGACGAGCCUACUAAAUAUUUAAUAGAUAUGUUGCGAAUCGGUGCUUUUUUACUCAUUGUGCUGACGAUGAAGGGUUUCGUCGCGCAUGCAAUAAACUUGCCCCUGUUGGUUCCGUUGAUAUAUUAUUUGCUCAGGAUAAACACUGAACAGAAGGAACCUAAAAACCACAUUCAAGAAGUUUUGAACGUCUCAACACGAGACAGCGAGUCAUGGCCAAUACAGAACGUUGCGGCUACAAAUCUAGAACCUGUUAAAAACGUACAGCCUAGUAAUAUACAAAAUGAAGAGGUUUCGCAGACAUCGGAUUGCGAAUUUUUGCCUGUGAGCUCUUUGCAAGGGCACUCGAAACCGCAAGCGCACUUUGGGAUAUCUCCUCAUCGGCCCUUCACAUAUUCGGAAGGGUUAACCCCGACUAUGCUCAGGUCCAAAUCACCCAAGCCACCGAAGCCUUAUACGCCAAACCCAGACUAUGGACAAUAGUCAGUAUUCAAAACAAACAAUUUAUUAAAUUAAGUUUUAAUACAUAAUGUAAUCACCACAAAUGCAA